UACAGCUGGAGGGAUAAUAAGAUGCGCAUGAACUAGCUGCGAACUGGCAGCGAGAAGAGGAAAGUUUUCCAAGAGGGGGGAAGGAGGAAAUGAAACUUGGUGCUCGCCAAAGCUUACUCACUCUGGUGAAUUUUAUGCAGUGAAAAAAUCAUAGCACUACUCUGUUUCACAACAACGCUGUGAAUCGACUCCUCGUGUUUUCUGUAAGGUUUUUCUGGAAUUAGAACUUUGUGGAGCCCUCCACCAGGGAGACAAAACCGCCCUUUGGAUGAAGAUUUCCGGUGGUUGACAGACAGGACGUCGGACAAGAACAGGCAACGACGGAGGAAAAUGCCCGUCCACCAGUAAUCCUCUUGGACUGGGACAGCCCAGGCGUAACCCAGAGUUUGGACAGGUCUUUGGUCAGCGCUUAACCGAACUGCAACAGUUAGCAAGGAUGUUGUCGGAAACAACAGACCUAUCUCAGUGACUUGAGUUAAAACUCAUACAUUUUGUUUGUGCAGUCUUAUGGAACAGUACAACAUUAAGUGCUUGGAAAACUCAAUGUCUGCAUUUCUUGAAUAUUUUAUUUUAUGGAUAAAUAGGAAAACAAUAUAUGGACGAUAACGCAGCUACUGAAAUUGAUUUUUAACCGAUGACUGUUUCAUCAGUGAAGCUCCAACAGUCUGAACAAACAUGCAGGAUCUACCGAAGUGUUGUUCUUGAACAUUUUUAGAGCUGUUGGGUUUCUGAACAUUUCAAACCGUACACAGUUUUCUUUUUUGAUACAUAAGAGGAAGAAAGCCAAUGUCUACCGGCAGCAGCCCGUCUCCUCCGUCCUUACCAAGAGUUUCCCCCCUCUCUCAGCAUCCUGCUGCUCCGCCAACUCCUUCGCCGUCCCCCAGCCCGCCGGCGCCGCUGUAUAGUCGCCUUUCGAACGGGAGUGCGAGCGCUCCAAGCCCUACCAACUCCCGUGGCUCUUUCCACGGAGUGUCAUUCCUUCUUCAGAUUGGCCUGACCAGGGAAACGGUGAACCUCGAGGCGAAUGAUCUGUCCCUUUCUGCAGUUAAAGACCUGGUCUGUUCAAUAGUCGACCAAAAGUUCCCGGAGUGCGGUUUCUUCGGCAUGUACGACAAGAUCCUGCUGUUCCGCCAUGACCUGAACUCGGAGAACAUCCUCCAGAGGCUGACGUCGGCCGAGGACAUCCACGAAGGGGACCUGAUCGAGGUCGUCGUCUCUGCUCUCGCCACUGUCGAGGACUUCCAGAUCCGGCCCCACACCCUGUACGUUCACUCCUACAAAGCCCCCGCCUUCUGCGAUGACUGCGGGGAGAUGCUCUGGGGCCUGGUGCGCCAGGGCCUCAAAUGCGAAGGAUGCGGACUAAACUACCACAAGCGCUGCGCUUUUAAGAUCCCCAACAACUGCAGCGGGGUGCGGAAGAGGCGCCUGUCCAACGUGUCCCUCCCAGGACCCUCUCUGUCCAUCCCUCGCCCCGCCCCCAUCGAGCAUGUGGUGGUGGCUCUGGAGGAGCAACGUUCCCACCAGGAGCCCGGGAAGCGGAUCCCGUCCUGGAGCGGCCGGCCCAUCUGGAUGGAAAAGAUGGUGUUGGGCCGGGUCAAAGUGCCCCACACCUUCGCCGUGCACUCCUACACCCGUCCCACCAUCUGCCAGUACUGCAAGCGCCUGCUCAAGGGUCUGUUUCGGCAGGGCAUGCAGUGCAAAGAUUGUAAAUUUAAUUGCCACAAGCGAUGUGCGUCAAAGGUACCAAGGGAUUGUCUCGGCGAGGUAGUUUUCAACGGAGAACCGGCCAGCCCGGGCCCCGACUUGGACGUCACCAUGGAGGUGGACAGCAGUCAGCAGUCUGAGGAGGCCUCCCCUCCCGAGGGAUUCUUCAUGGAUCCCUCCUUCAUGGAUGGAGAGAAGGAUGAGGAGACCAGCAAAGCCAUCAGUCCCUGCACCAGCAGUAACAUCCCCCUGAUGAGAGUGGUUCAGUCCAUCAAGCACACUAAGAGGAAGAGCUCCACCAUGGUGCGCGAGGGCUGGAUGGUGCACUACACCAACAGAGACAACCUGAGGAAGAGACAUUACUGGAGACUGGACAGCAAGAGCCUGACCUUGUUUCAGAAUGACACGGGUGCCAAGUACUACAAGGAGAUCCCGCUCUCGGAGAUCCUGCAGGUGGACCCGGCGCGGGACUUCAGCAGCCUGGCGCUGGGCGGGAACCCGCACUGCUUCGAGAUCAUCACCGACACCAUGGUCUACUACGUCGGCGAGAACACCGGCGGCAACCACCACAACCCGGCGCUGGCCGCCUCGGGGGUGGGCCUGGAGGUGGCCCAGGGCUGGGAGAAGGCCAUCCGCCAGGCGCUGAUGCCCGUCACCCCGCAGCCCAGCGUCUGCACCGCCGCGGGACAGGGCAGGGACCACAACGAGCUGUCCAUCAGUAUAUCUGUGUCCAACUCCCAGGUGAAGGAGAAUGUGGAUAUUAGCUCAGUCUACCAGAUCUUUGCUGAUGAGGUCCUGGGUUCGGGACAGUUUGGAAUUGUGUAUGGAGGGAAACACAGGAAAACGGGAAGGGACGUUGCCAUCAAAGUCAUCGACAAAAUGCGCUUCCCCACCAAGCAGGAGAGCCAGCUGAGGAACGAGGUGGCCAUUCUCCAGAACCUUCACCACCCUGGAAUCGUGAACCUGGAGUGCAUGUUCGAGACUCCGGAGCGCGUCUUCGUUGUCAUGGAGAAGCUGCACGGCGACAUGCUGGAGAUGAUCCUGUCGAGCGAGAAGAGCAAGCUCCCGGAACGCCUCACCAAGUUCCUGGUCACACAGAUCCUGGUGGCUUUGAGACACCUCCAUUUUAAGAACAUUGUCCACUGUGAUCUGAAGCCUGAGAACGUGCUGCUAGCUUCAGCUGAGCCCUUUCCACAGGUGAAGCUGUGUGACUUCGGCUUCGCCCGCAUCAUCGGGGAGAAGUCGUUCCGCCGCUCAGUGGUGGGCACCCCGGCCUACCUGGCUCCCGAGGUCCUGCGGAGCAAAGGCUACAACCGCUCGCUGGACAUGUGGUCGGUGGGCGUCAUCGUCUACGUCAGCCUGAGCGGCACCUUCCCCUUCAACGAGGACGAGGACAUCAACGACCAGAUCCAGAACGCCGCCUUCAUGUACCCACCCACGCCCUGGAAGGAGAUCUCAUCGGAAGCGACGGACUUAAUAAACAACCUCCUUCAAGUGAAGAUGAGGAAACGCUACAGUGUGGAUAAGUCCCUCAGCCACCCCUGGCUCCAGGACUAUCAGACGUGGCUGGACCUCAGGGAGUUCGAGACGAGGCGAGGGGAGCGCUACAUCACCCACGAGAGCGACGACGCCCGCUGGGAGGAGUACGCCGACGAGCGCAGCCUGGCCUACCCCAAGCACUUCAUCAUGUCUCCCAACCUCGACGACAUGGAGGAGGACCCCUAGUGGCCGGGAGGACUUCCUACGCGUGUCGGAGGAGGAGGAGACGGCGCACGGGACGCCUGCUGGACAGAGACCUUGUUAAACGGCUCAAGCCCUGGACUGGUGCACGCGAAGGGCUUACUGUAUGUCGCCGUGCGGACUAGAAAGGGGCCGCCACGUGGGUGCCCCUGGACGUGGCGCCAUUUUGAAAGUUCAUCAGGGGGAAGGCGUUUGAGUUUUCAGGUUUUUUUUAUUUUUACUACAGUCACAUUUCCGAGAUUCUGUGAGGCUCUCAGCUUUAUGAUAUAAAACUGUCCUUUGCUACCAGCCAUAGAUCGCUGAGCUCUUUGGCCUGAUUUCUCGGGUGAAAUCUGAUUUUAUGUGCGUUUGGGAGUGCUCAGUAAGAUUAAAUGUGAUGCACAGCACUUCAACCCAGGGCAGGGUUAAAAGCUUAGACCAAAUCCAAGAGGUCAUUUAAAAUUUCAAUAGCAUAUUUUUCUAAAAGUGAUCAGGUGAAAGAUGUUUCCUUUUUUUUUUUUACAUUUCAUUAUAUCAAAUUAUUUAGCUCAUACUGAGGUGAUUGAUAUUUUUUAGAAAGGAUUCUGUUCAAUUAUAAGGUGUCAAACUGGAACACACGACAAGAAUGCUAAUGCCUUGAGUAUAUUUUGAUAUGUGUUUGUGUUGAUUCGGGGAUAGAAUGUUUUUGCACUGUAGGUCAACUACCCUUCUCUUACCGACCCCAUCAUUAUAGAAGUUUGACAUCAACGGCUGCUACGUGUAAUUCUGGUUCUCUCUCUAAAAAAACUGUCAACCAAAGUAUAGAAGUGACUAAGCAGAAAAAGGGAUUGCUGGUAUGGCUUAUAUCUGGAAAUUCAAAUCAUGCUUUAUUUAUUCAGAAAUCUCAAUCUUUUGUGGUGAGUGUGUUGUCAGCAGAGUUGGUUUUAUUCUUUGCGGACCAGAGUGAUAGGGUGGAAUUUAUGUUGGAUUUACGAUCGUGUCACGCAUUUUAGAAAACGGUGAAUUUGUUUCACGAAUUGUUAUUAAAAAACAUACAUCUAUAUGUAAUACGAAGUGAUAAAAAAUGAUAUAGCCGAGGACCAAAUCUGUUUUAACGUACAUAGUCAGAAAUUGAUGUGACCACUUUAUGCAUUAAUGCUUUCGAUCCUCUUUCGUUUUUGAAUUCUGUGUUAAUGUUCGUAUCGCUGACUUUCCUGGAGACUCGUAAAAGCAACUGGAUCGAUGCAAGGACAGUUCACAUCUCAGCUGCGCAGUGUUGCUACUCUAACUAAGCUACAAGGUCGAGCCUUUCUACAGAAUCAGCCCGGCAAGAGCCCUGUGGGCCACAAUACCGAAGGAUGGAGACUUGAAGUCGCGCCAUUUCUAAUGCCGAAAGGCUAAAACCUAGAACUGAUGAAAGAUGGAACGGCCGUGAAAACCUUAGUUUAUGAAACAAAGCUUUUUAUUUUCGUAUUGUUGUUCUUACCCAAGCACUCGGUGCCAGAUCAGGAUGCAGAACUCUCUGGUUCAGUUAUGAAAUGCUUAUUACAAGAGUAUCUGUUGUUUUUUUCGUUAUGCUUUCAGUGUGUUUUUCUAUACGUGUGUUCUUUUCUGUUAUCAGUUGGUCCGAGGUGUGACAGUGUUUCAGGUAUCACGUUAUCCAGGGCUGGAGUGUAUAAUCAGGUGUGUCAGGUCUCUGUGUGCGUUUCCGCGCAGCUCGAUUUGUGUGUGUUUGCGUGUGCAUGUUCAUUCGGGCAUCCAGGAUACCUAUUACAUUUUUACAAAGUGCAGUUACUGAAAAGGCUACGCAGCCUUGAAGGUUACAACCUUUUCACAAUUAUUCUUUGAAAAUUUAUUUUAAAAUUAAAUCAGUUGUUUUGGCCUUAAUCAAAAAAAAGUCAUGAGAUGUAUAGCAGGCUCAUGGAAUCAAAUAAUACAUUCUUUUUGUGCCCAAAAUGCUUUCAUAAAGAAGUAUUUUAUCCAGCAUCCCCAAUAAUAUACUGUAAAUUGCAUUGUUUAUCAUGAUUGGAUGAGCUUUACAAGACAUCAGACUUAAAGAUGCGCUGCUGGUUUAGUUUUGUUUGUUUUUGUGUUUUACAGCAGAUGUUACAUCAAGAAAAAGCAGUAUUCAUGUGUGUGCGUGUUGGUGUGUGUGUGUGUGUGUGAGUGAGUGAGUGAGUAAGAGAGAGAGAGAGAGAGAGAGAGAGAGAGAUGUGGGCUAACAAAAUCCACAUUUGUCUAUCAUAAUCCACCUCAUUUACCGAAAAACCUUGAAAUUUCAAAUUUAAACCAUUUACAAACUGCUGUGCAGUUAGAUGGAGAGAUAUAAAAGCACACACAAAAAUGAAAAAUUCAACACAGAACAUGAUUGUGGGAGAUUUUGCAAAUCUCAUUGCCUCUUUCAUGCGUGGGACUACAUCACUUUCAAAAGCACAUGCAGCGAUCGUGUGUGUGUGUGCGAGUGUCUGAUACAGAGAUAAAACUUCAAUCUGCCGAGGUUGCACUUUGUGCAUUUCAGUCCUAGUGUAUUUCCUUUUGGUGAUAAUCCAUCUGGUUUGUGUGAAAGGCCCUUGUAGACUGGUCUAGGGCAUGUAGAGCAGAAAAAGUCCAUGAGAAUGGGGUAUACGUCAUGGUGAAUGAUACCACAUACAUGAAGCACAAAUUGGAAAGGUGCUGAAGACCUGUCCUGAGAAUCCUUUUAAUGUCUGUUGCCGCUGGUUUGGCAGAUGUUCAGUGUUUUUGUAUAUUUUAGUAUGUACAGAUUUAAUAAAAACCUGCAUCUUAACAGUA